AAUUUUUGUAGAAGCACUUAUUAAAAGUUGAAGCUUCUUUAUUUCUUACAUCUCAAUAUAUAAUAUCUUUAAUUAUAUUAAAGAUAUUCUAUUGAAACUGCAACACAUUCAUCUAUAUCAUAUUAUAUAAAGUAUUGUAAAAAAAAAAUAUUUUCACCAUGGCAAGCCAUUCUUCAAAUAACAAAAAUUAUAACAUAAAAAUAAUCGACACCCUUUAUAACCAACUACCAGCUUUUACUGAUCUCUUUGAUGAAGAAACAUGGUAUACAUUCGUUAUAUGUUUCAUAGCAAGUACUUUUGUAGUUGCAUUUAUAUUUUCCAAAUUUAUUACAAUACAUCCAGUUGAAUGAAUUCAUUCUAAUAUAAUGUUAUAUUCUUAUUCAUGCUUUCAUAAAUAUGUAAUAUAAAUAAACAAUAUGUAGCACUAUUAAAUAUCAAAUAUGUAGCGCUAUCAAAUAUCAAAUAUGUAGCACUUUGCAAUUUAUACAAGCAACUUUGAGUAUAUAAUUUUUGUCUUUGUAUCAUGUGUUUAUAAAGAUUGAAAAAUAUUUUCAUACUCUUUCAUCAUUUUGCUUUAAUCAUCCAAUGAUUAAAUUUAUAUUGAAGAAACAUUUCACUUCAUUUUAUCAACUAAGAAUAUUUUGUUAUCACAAGCAUCAAUAAUCCAAUAUUAUUGUAAUGUAAUUAUAUACAUUUAUUGUAAUCUUAUAAAAAAAAAGAAAGAAAGAAAAAAGAAUAUAAGCUAUGUCAAAUAAAUAUUGAAGAUUCAUAUAUUUUACAAUAAAUUAAUUAAGCUUUUGCUAUAAAGUAUUAUAUUUAUGUAAUGUCACCAAUGAAAGGUCAGAUUGUUUUGAUUCUUCAGUUUUUUAAUAUAAAUGGUUUAUAACGUCUUUAUAAAAAAUGUAACCAAGUAGUAUAUGAAAAUAGAAUGAUGAAAUACUAAAACAUAAA